AUGCUGUUCAUUGACUACAGCUCAGCGUUCAACACCAUAGUGCCCUCGAAGUUCAUCACUAAGAUAAGGUCCCUGGGACUGAGCACCUCCCUCUGCAACUGGAUCCUGGACUUCCUGACAGGCCGCCACAAGGUGGUAUUGGUAUGUAACAACAAAUCCUCCAAGCUGACCCUCAAAACGGGGGCUCCUCAGGGUUGUAGUAGUAGUAUUAGAAGUAGUAGUAGUAGAAGCAGUGUUUGUGGUAGUAGUAGCAAUAGUAGUAGUAGAAGUAGUAGUAGUAGUAGCAGCAGUAGUAGCAGUAUUAGUAGUAGUAGUAGUAGACGUUGUAGUAGCAGUAGUAGUAGUCGUCGUAGUAGUAGUAGUGGUAGCUGUAGUAGCAGUAGUAGUGUUAGCAAUAUUAGCAGUAGUAUUAACAGCAACAGUAGCAGCAUUAGUACUACUAGUAGUAGUAUUAGUUUUAGAUGCAGCAGUAGCAGUAGUAGUAGUAGUAGUUGUAGUAGUGGAAAUAGAAGUAGUAAUAGCAGUAGUACUAGUAAUAGCGUUAGUAGUAGUAGUAAUAGCAGUAGUAGUAGUGGUAGUACUAGUAGUAGUAGUAGUAGUAGUAGUGGUAGUAGUAGUUGUAGUAGUAGAAGUAGUAGUAGUAGUGUUAUUAGAAGUAGUAGUAGUAGCAGUUGUAGUAGUAGUUGUACUAGACAUAAUAGUAGUAGCAGUUGUAAUAGCAGUGGUAGUGGUAGUAGUAGUAGUAAAAGUAGCAGUUGUAGUAGCAGCAGAAGUAGCAGUAGUAGUUGUAAUAGCAGUUGGAGCAGAAGUAGUGGUGGCAGUGCUAGUAGUAGUAGUCGUAGUAGUAGUAGUGGGUGUAGUGGUAGUCGUAGUAGUAGUGGUAGGUGUAGUAGUAGUUGUAGUAGUAGUAGUAGGUGUAGUGGUAGUCGUAGUAGUGGAAGAAGUAGUAUCAGUAGUAGUAGUAGUAGUAUUAGUGGUAGUAGUUGUAGUAGUAGUAGUAUCAGUAGCAGUAGUAGUAGUAGUAGUAGCAGCAGUAGCAGUACUUAUAUUAGUAGCAGUAGCAGCUGCAGUAGUAGUAGUAGCAGUAGCAUUAGUAGCAUUAGCAGUAGCAGUUGUAGGCAGUAGUAGAGGUAGUCGCGGUAAUAGUAGCAGUAGUAGUAAUAGAAUUAGCAGUAGUAGUAGUAGCAGAAGCAGUAGUAGUAGUAACAGUAGCAUUAGUAGUAGUUGUAGAAGUAGUUGUUGCAGCAGUAGUAGUAGUAGCAGUAGUAGCAGCUGUAGACGUAGUAAUAGUGGUAGUAGUAGUAGUUGUAGUAGUAUCAGUAGUAGUAGUAGUAGUGGUAGGAGUUGUAGUAGUAGCAGUAGCAGUAGCAGUAGUAGUAGUAGUAGUAGUUUGUAGCACUAGCAGUUGUAGUCGCAGUAGCAUUAGUUGCAUUAGCAGUAGCAUUUCUAGCAAUUGUAGUGGUAGUAGUCGCAGUAGUAGUAGCAGUAGUAGUAAUAGAAUUAGCAGUAGUAGUAGUUGCAGAAGUAGUAGUAGCAGCAGCAGCAGUAGUAGUAGUAGCAGAAGUAGUAGUUGCAGUAGUAUUAGUAGCCGCAGCAAUAGUAGUAGUAGAAGUAGUAGUAGUAGUAGUAGUGGUAGUAGUGGUAGUAGCAGCAGUAGUUGUAGUAUUAGCAGUAGCAGUAUUAGUUGUGUUGUAUUUGUAGUAGUAGUAGUAGCAGUUGUAGUAGUAGUUGUUUAGAUGUAGUAGUAGUAGUAGUAGCAGAAGUAGUAGUUGCAGUAGUAUUAGUAGCAGCAGCAAUAGUAGUAGUAGUAGUAGUUGUAGUAGUAGUGGCAGCAGUAGUAGUAGUAGUUGCAGUAUUAGUUGUAGUAGUAGAAGUUGUAGCAGUAGUAGUAGUAGUAAUAGUAGUAGUAAUAGUAGUAGUAGUAGUAGUAGUUGUAGCAGUAGUAGUAGUAGUAGUAGCAGCAGUAGUAGUAGUAGUAGUAGUAGUAGUAGUAGUAGUAGCAGUAGUAGUAGUAGUAGUAGUAGUAGUAGUAGUAGUAGUAGUAGUAGUAGCAGUAGUAGUAGUAGUAGUAGUAGUAGUAGUAGUAGUAGUAGCAGCAGCAGUGGUAGCAGUAUUAUUAUUAGUAGUAGUAGAAGUUGUAGUAGCAGUAGUAGUAGUAGUAGUCAUAGUAGUAGUGGUAUUUGUAGUUGUAAUAGUGUUAGCAGUUUUAGUAGUAGUAGAAAAUGUCAUAACAGUAGCAGUAGCAGCAUUAGUAGUAGUAGUAGUAGGAGUAGUAAGAGUAUUAGCAAUAGCAGUAGCAGCAGUAGUAGUAGUAGUAGUUGCAGUUGUUGUAGCAGUAGUGGUAGUAGUAGUAGUAGUGGUAGUAGUAGUGGUAGUAGUAGUGGUAGUAGUAUUAGUAGUAGUUGUAGCAGUAGUAAUAGCAGUAGCAGCAGUAGUAGUAGUAUUAUUAUUAGUAGUAGCAGUAGUAGUAAUAGCAGUAGUAGUAGCAGUGGUAUUAGUAGUAGCAGGAGUGGAAGUAGUAGCAGCAGUAGCAGCAGUGAAGGAGGAAUGACAACAGUUAAUUUAUUUUCUCUGGUUGACUGGUUCUUAUGGGCAACAUUAUCCUAUCUGUUCCUCUCUCUCUGUGUGAUGGAAAACAAGUGUUAAUUCCUAACUUGUUUAAAUUCCUUUUCUGUCUCUAAAUGCCGUCUUUUCCUAGCAGCACUGUAUGUAUAAAUAUACCUGGCAAAUAACGGUGAUAUGAAUUCUGAAAGAGACCCAUGGAACUCUUCUUAGCACCCUUCAAGGCACUCUUAAAGUGCCUUUAUUGCUGUACCAUGUUCAAUGGAACAGCGUUAACAAGUCUGACACGUUUCGGCAUAGCCUUCGUCAGGGAGUGAUGUUGUUAGUUUGUGUCUGUGCCCUAUUGGCCCCACAGGAAAACCACAGAACCAAGAGCUGCUGUCACCGUUUCCUCAGACAUGUGACAGGAAGCAGUCGUCUGUCCGUUUAUAUCCCACCGUAAACAGUUGCCACUUGAAACACAACCAACAUGACUCUGACACGUUGAAGGCAAAAGACUGCCCCAGUUUGGUGGAUGCCAGGAGAACGCCACAAGUCCAAAUGAUUAGUGCCAACUGUAAUGUUUGGUGGAGGCGGAAUAAUGGUCUGUGGCUGUUUUUCGUUGUUCAAGCUAGGCUCCUUAGUUCCAGUGAAGGGAAAUCUUAACACUCCAACAUACAAUGACAUUCUAGAUGAUUCUGUGCUUCCAACUUUGUGGUAACAGUUUGGGGAAGGCCCUUUCCUGUUUCAGCAUGACAAUGCCCCCGUGCACAAAGUGAGGUCCAUACAGAAAUUGUUUGUCGAGAUCAGUGUGGAAGAACUUGACUGGCCUGCACAGAGACCUGACCUCAACCCCAUCGAACACCUUUGGAAUGAAUUGGAACACCGACUGCGAGCCAGGACUAAUCUCUCCAACAUCAGUGCCCGACCUCACUAAUGCUCUUGUGGCUGAAUGCAAGUAAACCCAUGCAGACCAACUCUAUGUUAAUGCCCAUGAUUUUGGAAUGAGCAGGUGUCCACAUACUUUUGAUCACGUGGUGUAGUUGGUAAGGGAGGACAAUAGAGUUGUAUUAGGUGUGUUUGGGAUUAUUAUUAUUUAAACAUGAGGUAAUUGAUUGCUAUAAUUAUAUGGAAGUUUAAAUUUUGAGCAGAUUAAUAGCUACAUUACUUUUUUCCCCUUCUAAUCAUCAAUGUCAAACGAAAUGACAGUCCAUUGGGCUAAAAAAAUAAAUAAUUCUAAUCAUCAAUGUCAAAUUAAAUGACGCUGAGUCCAUUGGGCUAAUAAUAGUUCUCAAUUAUGUCCCUGGUUAUGUCCUAGAAAUGAUAACCCAUAAGAGAAUGCAGUCGCUGUGGUGUUGGCCAAAUAGCACUGCUCGUAUAUAUUUGUAUUGGUGUGUUUCACUGUAUUUGGUGUUAAAAUAAUUGUUUAUCGGAAGGAAAGGAUUCACUCAGGUAAAUUUAUUAAAUGCAAUAUAAUUUACCAGAUCUUGAAGUCUUUAUGGCAUGAAUAAUUUACAAUGAUGUACAGUUCAAACAGCUCAAUAAAACACAUGAACAGCAUAUCUGAAAAGGAUACUUUUAUAGAUUAUAGAGCCAAAAGCUGCAUGUUGAUGUUCAUAGUUGAGGAGGUUGACUGUAACAUAACAUUAUGAAGUCUCAUCUACGACGGGUCAAAAAACUAAAGAAAAAUUCAAAAAAACAAACAAAUAAAAAACUAAUCAGAAGUGCUCACAAACUAAAAUUCUGGUUUAUUGUCUUACAACAAAUUCACACGUACAUUGAACAGGCCACAACAGACAGCAAUUUAAACGACAUAAGAGAAAAGACACCUCUUUUCUUUGGCCUUUCCAUCUCAUACAAACCAACUACGUAUGGUACAACUAAAGUACAAAUACAAAGUUACUGGAAUGCUUUCAAUUUAAUUGUUUUCUGAAAUUUGUACAAGUUUGUGUUGAGAUAACAUGACAUGGUCAAACCACAAGUAAAGUCUAUUUCAUAGAGAAGCAUCAACUCCAAAGCACCGUUUGGUAACCAGAGA